AAUAGAUACCGAAAGUCCAGAAUCACGGCUAAUAGGCUGAAUGGUUGCUGGGAGAUUGGCUAUUGAUGCGGUCAGACCUGAGGCAUUUACCUCACAGGGUUGCCUCUUUUAGCACCAAAAAUCCCCUGAAUCAAGUAGACGUGACAGGCAGCUCCGAGUUAACGUCGGUCACAAUGAAAUAUUAGCCAGGCUGUAAUUUGAUGUACAUGUCAAUGGAGAGGAAGUGAUCUGUGCUGCCUUGGGGACCAAAUAAAUAGGGAUUGGUUAGUCAGGAGCAUGCCCGUGCGUAAAGCUUAUUACACCAAAUGUGCCUCUUGGUACUGUAGACACAAAAAAAGACAGCAUUUGUUUGUUUGUUUGUUUUUAAAUAGUUUUAAUUUAAAUUUAGAGUCAUUUCUGGGGGGAAAAAAAUUGUUUAAAAUUUUUUUGAUGAGUCAUCCACUACUCAUCCUAUUUGCAUCCAAUCAGAUGCUCUCUAGGACACGUUUAUUAAAUUCAUAUAUUUAAAAUCUAUAUUCUGAAUGUAUAUAUUUCUUUAAAGCUGUCCGUUGUUAAAAGCGCCAUGCAAGUAAAACUGAACUGAACUUUAAUUGAAUUUAUCCCGCUGUGCAUUAUUAGCACCAAGCUAAUAACCAACCAAUAAUGUACGCUUCCUGCGUAUUGUUCUGAUUUCCCCUCUAAAAUCUCGAUGACGCUUCAAACGUGUACAGUGCGACCUUUGCGGGCAGCACAAGGCGCAAGGCUUGAUGGUCCGUGCGCUAUGGCGUCAAGUUUAACGUGCAGUUAACGUUUGUGUCUCAAACCGAGAGUUAGCGUCUGGACGUAUCGAGGCAUACUGGUCUUUUUCCCACUCUCCCGUGAGCAACCUCAUGCUCUCGAUGCCACUGGGAGGCAAAAACACUGUGAUAACAAACCAUUACUAUAAUACUAGAAUAAAUGUAGAAGGUUUGCACAUAGAUAAAAUUUGAAGUAUUUGCUGCGGUAAAUGUUGCCAUUGCCAGUUGCAUUGCCCUGUAGCUUGGUUUCCGCUCUCAUAUGAUAGCCAUCAGUCUGCGAGCUUGAGGACUUACUAGUGAAACCUCACUACCGGUUUACAUGACAUCAGAUUAACGUUAGCUAGCUUGUAAGAACUCUGUUUGGCAAAUAUGUCCUAUGGUCUGCUUUAAGAAUGCAAACUAUUGAUGUAUCCCGUGUUAUGUAAAAUGUUUAAAGUGGCCCGGGCAGGAGUCUGACACCCCGAAACUGGACGAGUUUGUUUUUUGUUUGUUUGUUUUUUUUUAACCGAAAAUGAACUGUACAGCUAGAAAGAAUCUGAAAUCCAGUUUUGUCACAGACAUCCUCUGUCUGUUGAGCAGUAGAAGCAGAAGAGAAGCAGAGAGAGCAAGAGCGAGGGGCUGCAGGCAUGGAGUUGUGGGAUCCACAUUACAGAUGCAAAGCAGGCACUGUUUAUGAUUACUCUGAGAGCAGAGACACAAAACCAGGGACAUUCCAGGAGUCUAAGUGAAUACCACAUCCCAUUUUUGAUUAGGCUCCUACAAAAGAAUGAGUCAAACACUAAAAGCGCAUUCUCAUGGGCCAUCGUGGACCAGUCCAGAGAUAGUACAACACCUGUGUGCGUAACCAAAUGGCACACACAAAUGGCAGUUAGGUUCAUGGCAAGAGCCUGACUGUAGAUAUAAAACCAACAUGGGCAGCAUUUUCUCAUGGAAUUUCAAAUGAUGUAAAGAUCAACAUAAGUGAAGAAGCACAGUGAGAUGGUUGACAAGCCGGAUACAGUCCAACUCCACCAGAUCUCCAGGCAACUGAUGAUGAAAGUACCGUUUAUUCACUGUGUGGGAGAGGUUAUUUCGUGGCCCUGCUUUUCUUCCACUACACCAAGCGCCUAUCUUUAUCUAAAGUACUUCAAGACGGUUGGCCUGGCCAAUCCCCAAAGAGAGCAGAGAGAAAGAAAGGAGGAUACGAUUAGUGGACUUUCACUCUUGAGAAAAUGCGCCUGGGGUUUAACUCGCAACUCGUAAAUCUCAUGUCACACAUGAUCUUUGCAUUUUUUUUUUUUCCUCUCCGGGCAGUGCCACAUAGCAUCUCCCAAUACAAAGCAAGACCCAAAUAUAUUAAGCAUGUAUGUUUGAGUACAAAAGAGAUUUUAUAGAGAAAAGCUUGAUUCUCGGUCUUGAUUCUCAGCCUUUCCUACCGUGUCGAGAUGCAAGGAAGGCCUGAUGUGUCUUGGGAGAAAUCACAACGAGUAGAAGCUGAGCCUUCUCAUUCUUUUUCACCUUCAUCCCACCGCUUUUUUCAUUACAAGGUAUGACAAAACAGUUUGUGUGGAUACUGGACAUUCAUUCCUCCACCGAGUGUGCGGUUAACUAGAUGUUAAUCUAUCCUAUUGUGUGCAGUGGAACAACCAUGGCCGAAUUUCAUCCGGUGACUCUUAUCAAUGUCUGAGUUGUUCGGCACAAAAUAAUCACCCGUAGUGUGUUUAUUGUGUUUAUAUGUGUUAUGUGCAAGAGGUGUAACCGUACAGCUGCUCAUUCACUCAAUUAUCCAAUCAUCCAGUGAUGUGGCACGCGUAAAGCCAUGCGGAUACAGUUCAAGAGCCUCAGGUAGUGUUCACGUCAAACAUCAGAAUGUGAUCUCAGUGACUGUGGCGUGGUUGAUGUGCCAUAUGUUCUUGUUUGAGUAUUUCAGAAAUCGCUGGGAUUUCCAAUCAUGGCGAUCUUUAGAGUUUGAGAAAAAAAACCUCCAGUGAGCAGUGGACGGACGUCCUGUGGACGGAAACGCCCGUUUGAAGAGAGAGGUCAGACUGGUUCAAGCUGACAGGACGUCAACGGUAUAUCGGAUAACCGGUCUUUACAUCCGUGGUGAGCAGAAAAGCAUCUCAGAACUCCAGAGCCAGAGCUGCGGACCACAUCAGGGUCCACUCGUGCUGGCCAAGAACAGGAAUCUGAGGCUACAGUAGGCACAAGAUUAUUUAAACAUGUAAGUGAUAAAUAGUCAAAGACUAACAACUUUGGCCAGCUGUAAACCGGUGAACCGAGAUGAGCUUUGACUCAUUAAAAAGAGCCGUAAUUGCCAUCACUAGUGCAAACAUUCUCCCCAGCCCAAUAUUUUACUGUUUACCAAGUUCGUCCCCCUCCUCUGACUCCCACCCUCCCUCCGUCCGCCUUUGUAAUCUCCUCCCCUUGUGAGCUGUGGGUGUUGUGGGAACAUCUCGGCUGCCGAAACUGGCAUCAUCUCCAGCACUCUACACACUGCUUCUCAGUCGGGACGGACAAGUUCCACUACUGCACCACUGAAGACCGUCUUUAGCUCUCUGGCACCUCUGGAUCACCAGCUACGGAGAGGAGAUUCAGUGUGCUGAGAAGGUUCAGGAAGCUUGGGGUUUGCUCUGUCCAGUCAGACGGCUGAUUUGUACAGAGGACAGAGGUAGCUCACAGCAGCAGCCAUGACCAAAAGCAGCGGGGAGAAACCGCGCUCUCGCAGCCGGGUGCAGAGGAUCCGUGAGGACAUCCAACUGCGCUCCCUGAAGGCCAAGAAGAAAGUAGAGGACAUCACCAAAGACGACGUUAAGACCUUCUUGAGGAGGAAUGCCUUCGUGCUUUUAACCAUCGGCGCAGUUGCCCUUGGCAUCAUACUCGGAUUUGCCCUGCGGCCAUAUAAGAUGUCCUACAGAGAGGUGAAAUAUUUCUCCUUCCCCGGAGAGCUCUUAAUGCGCAUGCUCCAGAUGUUGGUCCUCCCUUUGCUGGUGUCCAGUCUGAUCACAGGCAUGGCAGCACUUGACAGUCGGGCUUCAGGGAAGAUGGGGAUGCGAGCCGUGGUGUACUACAUGACCACAACGUUCAUCGCCGUGUUCAUCGGAAUCAUCAUGGUCCUCAUCAUCCACCCUGGCAAAGGCUCCAAAGAUGAGUUCGCUAAGCAGCAGAAAAUCGAGCAAAUCAGCCCAGCCGACGCCUUCCUGGACUUGAUCAGAAACAUGUUUCCUCCCAACCUGGUUCAAGCUUGCACACAGCAGUUCAAAACCCAAUACAGCAAAAGAGUUGUACAUGUGAAGGAGAUAGUGAAUGACAGCAUUUUUAAUCUGACCAACACCACCCAAGAGGUCGCUCAUGAAGAGAUCAUCCCAAUCCCUGGCACCACAAACGGAGUCAACGCCCUCGGGCUGGUCGUGUUCUCCAUGUGUUUCGGCCUGAUCAUUGGGAAUAUGAAGGGGGAGGGCCAAGCGCUCAGGGACUUUUUCGACUCCCUCAACGAGGCCAUCAUGCGUCUGGUCGCCAUCAUCAUGUGGUACGCACCCAUCGGUAUCCUCUUUUUGAUCGCUGGUAAAAUUGUGGAAAUGGACGACAUCACUGAAAUGGGAGGGCAACUAGGCAUGUACACCGUGACGGUCAUCAUAGGCCUCCUAAUCCACGGGUGUAUUAUUCUACCCACACUCUUCUUUGUCAUCACCCGGAAGAACCCCUUCAUCUUCAUCACUGGCAUAUUGCAGGCCCUAAUCACUGCCCUGGGAACGUCGUCCAGUUCAGCCACUCUGCCCGUCACAUUCAAGUGCUUAGAGGAGAACAAUAAAGUUGACAAGAGGGUGACCCGCUUUGUGCUGCCAGUUGGCGCGACCAUCAACAUGGACGGAACGGCACUGUACGAGGCGCUGGCUGCCAUCUUUAUCGCCCAGGUCAACAACAUGGAGAUGAACUUCGGACAGAUCAUAACUAUUAGCAUCACAGCCACAGCUGCCAGUAUCGGAGCUGCUGGAAUCCCCCAGGCUGGACUGGUCACCAUGGUCAUCGUGCUGACCUCCGUGGGCCUGCCCACCGACGACAUCAGCCUCAUCAUCGCAGUGGAUUGGUUCCUGGACCGACUGCGCACGACAACCAACGUGCUAGGCGACUCCAUAGGAGCAGGCAUUGUGGAAUUCUUGUCCCAAGAUGAGCUGCAGGACGGCGAUUUGGAGAUGUGCAACUCUGUAUUGGAGGAGAACGAGUUGAAGAAGCCUUACCAGAAGAUUCCUCAACAGAAUGAGUACGAGAACGAGAAACCUCCAGACAGCGAAACAAAGAUGUAGUGAAUCCCAGAGUCCUGUUGUGGUGUGCCCAAGCAGGGAUUUCUUUCUGUAUGUGUGCGUGUGUGUGCGUGUGUGUGUGUGUGUGUGUGUGUGUGUGUGUGUGCGUGCGUACGUGUGUGUGUGUAUGAGUAUUCCAUUUUUUCAUUGGCUACUUUUGGUACUUCGCCAUUCCUACAUGUUUUGUGUGCCGUAUCUCUGUCACAUUUCCAUUAUUCAUCGAUUCCUCGUUUUACGUUAAUCCUCGCCCGUGAAUUAAGACAUUUUAAGACUUCUCGGUUAUAUCGUGACCGGACACGCUUUAGAAAAGGAACUGCCGGGAUUUGAAGGUUUCGACACUUAAGAAGGUUUAGACAGGCAGGACAAGAUGGCGGACUCUAGAAAGUAAAGUGCUGAUUUGACUUGUGGUUAAAAAUCCAUGAGGUUUAACGUGAAGAAUGUGAUGUAAAAAGAACUGAAUGGAAACCGGAGGGUCAUAUGUCACAUGACCGAAUAUCAUCCAGUGAUAUAUACACGGAAAUGCAUUUUUAUGUAGUGCCUCGAUGAUCUAUCGAUCGAUCGGACAGAUGAGAUGAUUAAUAAUUUGUCCCUGGGGUUGGGAUUAAAAUUACAGGUGGUUCGUUUGAUGUUUUCGGCUCCUAACAUCCAGCAGUAAAAGUUAAAGACGCGUUUAUUAAACACUGCGUGAUAGGAACGCCGACUUGCUCCACUAUGUUGCCCCUGCGUUUAAAACCACCAGUGUAAACUGUUUCUAGUGAGGCAUCAACUAGCUUUAUAAGGCUUUGGUUUAUUCACUCGGUCAAAAAAAAAAAAAAAACUGUUUCUUUUACUGUUUGCUUCGUUUUCUUUGUACUUACCUUGUCUUUAUUUUAAUCCUGGAAGCAUCAAAAUGUUCACAGUAUUUUCAUACACAUCCCGGAUACGGUGUUACUUUCCCUCGCAUAUCUCUAGGACAUCCUGGUAGCACACUUGAAACCCUCGAAUGUUACACCUUUGCUGCCAUUUGCUAACAUAAAUAGUUUAUAUUAUAUAGAUAGCAUAUUAUAUAGUCGUAGCUUUGGAGAGUUAAUUGUAGAUAUUGUGAACGAUAUUGUGAAGUCUCCCGAGGCUGCACUGAGCUGGGACGAAGUGUCAUUUUGAGAACCGGAUAAAAUUCAGGAUCCGACAUUACAGACACAAACAUGCCGAGCGUCUACUAACUCACUCAAAUGAAGAGAAACUGUGAUUUUGCUUCUUUUUCGUGAUGCGUCUAUGGGGAUCUUGUUCAUCUUGUCGGUUAUUUGCCCCCUUAGAUCCGCGCGCAUGCAAAAUAAAAUACCGCAUGUGGUUUCAAACUACACGGAAUAAAUGAAACUGUAGGUUUGUCUAUGGUAAAUAUAGUUUUGAAUAAAAUGGAAAAUAUUGUA